GCGAUGAAGACGCAAGCAAUGUAAAACCGGACAAACCGUUAUUUGCAAAGUUUCAUUAUUAAAGCAUUUAUAUCAGCGAUAAAGAAGAAUUUUUUUCCGUUUUAAUCAAGUUUUGAAACACCAGAAAAAAAUAUUGAAACUGAAUACUUCUACAUUGGAAAAAUGAUUUUGGCACAUAUAUUCCUGCCAGCAAUGUUGCUAGUGAUAUGCAGAUCGCAACAAGCUCCAGCUCAUUUGGCGAAUACAUAUGGAAAUGAAGAAAAUGUGUAUGGCAACGUAUCACCUGGGAGUGAUACUAUUUCUACACCCACUACCACCAUCACAAGUAGUGAUGAACUCUUGGACCGUUAUAGACAAUUGACAGCCAAAUCUUUACUGAGGCUGUACGAUUCUUGUAAAGUUCAUGAUUUUCUUCAAAAUCUCAAACAUAAUAUAGAAAAUGACAACGAUGAAGAAGAAACGGUAAAAUCAAAGGAUCAUCAACAGCAUCAACAGCGUUACAUAAACGCCCUAUGGCAAAUUCUCGAAAAACAACAAGCUUUCGAUAAUGACAUCACAUUAAUUUUUCCAAAUGAGCGUACCAGUGGGAGUUCCAAAUCGGCUCUUUAUUAUUAUGUAACCAUUUCAAUGUUGUUGCAAGACAAGGAACUCGAUGAAACACUAAGCUAUAUGUUGUAUGAUAAAUGCUGUAAAAAUGACGUAAACUUCUUUACCUCAUCGAUUUGUACGCGAAAUUUUGAUAAUUCAAUCGCUGAAAAACGAAAUACUAUCAAAAAGGUUAAAUUCCAUUCUUGGGGUGGUAAACGAAGUGGAGGAAAUAGCCAAACCAAUGUUCGAAUGCCGACAAAUGUGGAUUUGAGUAAAGAUUUGGGCCAAUCAAAAAUUGUGAUUCGAACACCAUUUCGACCUUGGGGGGGUCGUCGCAAAUGAAAAAAAUAUUCCGAUUUAAUUAUCCACACCGAACCGUAAACCAGUUCAAAGAUUUAUCAACUCACAAUAUAUUUGCAAUCAAAAAUGUGUUGGCAACCAACUAUUAGCUGCUGCAAAUACGAAACGUCCAAAAAUUGAUAUAUUGAAGCAUUAAAGCCAUAUAGUUUUAUCACAACUUGAAUGGAUUUAUGUAUUUUUGAAAUAAAAUAUUAAAUGUUAACUUUUGGGGAAAUAUGUGUAAUGAAUUUCUUGGCCGUCUUUUAACAUUAUUCUACAAUACAUUAUAUCUGUUUCUAGCACAAAUUUUUUUAAUGCAUUGAUUUUUUAAAAUUUAA